UCUCCGCCGCCCAAAGCACGCCCGUCACCACUCCCAUCUCAUCCACCUACACAAGUACCUUGCCUUCAAUUUUCCGGCAGAUCAAGAAAUUAAAUAAGAAGCGAUUGGAAGAUGAGUGGCGGGGUUGGUUUAAAACGCAUGUUGGCCUCGGCUGUUGUAGUUGGGGUCAGUGAAGCUCGAGCUAGAAUAUUCGGACACGUACUUAACCCGGCGCGGCCGGUUUCAGCCCAUAAGAUUUUACGCAAAAAGCUCAUCGGCGACAAGGUUGCGGAAUGGUACCCAUACGACAUCAAGAACGAUGAUCCGCGUGUGAUGGAUCGGGCAGAAGAAGAGCGCCGAUUGAAGCUUGAAAUGUUGAAGAGACGUGGUAAGGGACCGCCGAAGAAAGGCCAAGGAAGGCGUGCUGUUAAACGCAACAAGUAGAGGUAAUCAUCAAAAUGGCUUAUGUUUUGACAUCGUAAAUGGUUCAGUUAGCCAUCUUCUUGGACAGUUGGUUGCCAUGUGCUAAUCAAAGUCACUUUAACCGAGAAUAAGUUGAACUCAACAAAUAUGGAAUUGAAUCAGUUUUUGGAUUUUAGAUCGUAGAUAGAGUUCGAAUCUGUUCAUGAAUCAUAUUUGGUCUCGUCUAAUGUGUUUUGAUUAGCUCUACAAAA